GCAGGAAGCUUCCACCAAAUCACACGCGUCGGCGCCGGGUACCACCGAUUAACCCUCCACUUCCUCCCCCCUUCCCCUCCUGCUUCCAUUAUACCCCUUUGUUCGAGAGCGGCGCUUUGCUCUUCGCGUCCAUCGGAUCCCUCAGGCGUAAGUUUGUCCCGGAUUCUGCUUGCACAACAAAUGUCUUUUGACAUCAGAAAGGACUGUUCCUGGUUUCUUUGCUGUGACUUUUGGUUCAUAUGUCGUAGUCGGUUGUGGUGUUCUUAUCGAGUAUCAUUUCGGCACUGGACUUGAUAAAUAUUAGGAGGUUUUGGCUUGGAACUGGACUUUAAUCUAUACACAAAGGAUUUACAUAAUUUUUGGUUGAAGCUUUCUUGUUCCAAGUUUACGGAGAUUAUCACUGCUAUCAAAUCCAGGAUAGUAUUGAUAAGUGCAUAUAUCUUCUUUUGCUGCUGGACUAAAUCACAUUUCAAAUUUCAUUUUAGCAUAGACAGGAAACUCUUCAUCUUGAUGGCUAUGACCUCGCUUCCACCGGGCUUUCGUUUUCACCCAACUGAUGUUGAACUUGUUUCGUUCUACUUGAAGAGAAAAGUAAUGGGGAAGCCUUUCAGGUUUGAAGCUAUUGCUGAAGUCGAAUUGUACAAAUUUGCCCCUUGGGAUCUUCGAGAAAAAUCGCAAUUGCGUAGUAAAGAUCUCGAAUGGUAUUUCUUCUGCCCUCGAGAUAAAAAAUAUCCUAGUGGCUCUAGGUCAAAUCGGGCAACUGAUAUUGGUUACUGGAAGGCUACUGGAAAGGAUAGGCCUAUCAUUCAUAACACUAGUACAGUUGGGAUGAAGAAGACUCUAAUUUUCCAUGAAGGGAAGCCUCGAAAAGGCAGUAGGACUGAUUGGGUGAUGUAUGAGUACAGACUAGAGAACAGAGAAAUGGCUGAUGCUGGAUUGGUGCAGGACACAUUUGUACUCUGCAAGAUCUUCCAAAAAAGUGGUGCAGGUCCUAAAAUCGGGGAGCAAUAUGGUGCACCCUUUAAUGAAGAGGAUUGGGAGGAUGAAGCAUCUACUGAGAAUCCUUUUCCUCUUCCUUGUGUGUCUUGCCCAAGUCAGUUACCAUUAGAUAAUCAGACAAUACAAUUGGAACCUGUUAGUCAGCAACCUGCGGCUUCUAGUCACAUUGAGGUGUCUUCUGAUCCUGAUCUUCUUGUUGCUGAUGGAAUAUUUCAGGAGGAGCUUGCAGAGGUUUUUAAUAGCUCUCCGCGCGUAGAGAAUGCUAAUGCCACAGCAUUCAUGAUGCCUGAUUCAGCCAUUCUUGACAUGAAUGUUAAUGAAACCUCUGCACUGGAUGCUGAAGGAAUGUAUAAUGAAUUAGAAAACCUCUCAGAUCAGGCAAUCAUUUCUGGCAGUACCAAUCACCCUGAAAACAUUUCCAGUGAAACUGCCUUGUAUCCUAUGCUUUCAGAACUUGAUAGUGAACAGUAUGUGGAGCUGAAUGAUAUUCUUUUUACUGGGAUUAGUAACCUCCCUGAUACCAUCAUGCCAAAUGAUCCAUUUGCUUGGAAUCCAUCAGCUCAUUUUCCCAAUUUUCAGGAUCCGACUCACAUACCUGAUCCAAUCUCAUACUUAAAUAAAGAAGCUAUCACUGCUAUAUAUGAUCCUCUUCAAGCAGGACCUUGUAUCACGGGGGAACAACCUUCAUUGAAUAUGCAGAUUGAAGAUUGUUGGGAAAUUAUAUCUCAUCUGAAUGCACCUGUUUCUGAACAUGAACACUAUCAUCCUUUGCAAGAAUUCCUCCAUACAGCGUCUGUAGCCCAUUCUGGUGAUCUGUCUCAACCAUAGAAAAUCAUAUCUUGUCAAAGUCACGUGCCUAUAGUUGCCGAGAUAGCUUACGUAGAAAAGGAAAGAAAAGAGUGUUCCGUGUUCUGCCUAUAAGAGAUGAUCAUUACAAUAUUUCUGUGUGUUUCUAGAUGCAUUUGAACACUUGGACAGAGAAGGAACUGGUUGCUUGCCUCUGCAGAAACUGACCUAGGACACCUUCGGAAUCCGGUGGAAGUUGAUCCAUGCCAUUGUGGAUUCAGUUCUUUGCAAUCUAUUUGUUUGUGAUGGUCGUGUAUUCCUUCAAGAUGUCACUUCAUGAUCUUCUUAUGGUGAUCGACCGGAGUGUCGCUCACUGCAUUUGUUGUAUGUAUCAGGCCUCUGCACUUGCAAGACGCAGGCCUUGGAAACGAGGCCUUGAACUGAAGUGUAUCACUGCUAGGUUCUGUUAUUUAAUGAUAAAAAGACGUCUCUAACUUUUGAAUCAA